AUGCCUACUUCAGACGAAAGUGAUAAUGUUUCUAUCAAGUUAUUGCUUAAACAAGUGUAUACUGUCCAUAAUUCAAAAGUUAAAGAACUAGAAAACGAAGUUAAAGAUCUAAAAGAGAAAUUACUAGAGAAAGAGAAACAGCUCAAUGAUGUUCAGUCCAACUGUAAGAAGUGUUGUGAACUUGAAGAAGUUAUCAAAAGUUGCAAAGCGACAUUACAUGAGCAGUCAAAGUUAUUUGAAAAUUUAGGACAAAAAUUUUCAGUAUUUGAUAACUCAGAAAAGGAGCAGCAUGGAAAUCAAAUUUCUAAGAACCUGACCAUUGGUUUGCAAAACUCGGUUUCAGCAUCAAAUGAGGAAGCAAAAAAUAAUGUUGAAGGAGAAAACAUUCUCGAAGAACAGUUCUGCCAAUCUUUAUGCUUCACCGAUACCGUUGUUAAUGUUCAAAAUGUGAAGCAAAAUCUUCUUCAAAAUGUAAUGAUUGAUACGCUGGAAGAACCUUUAGGUUUAGGUUCAAUAAUUAAUCCUUCUACACUGAUGCCAAAUGAUUCAUUGAUUUUGGCUCCCGAUACUUUAGAUAUUGAUAUUAAUGUGAAAGCUGAAACUUCUAAAAAUGUUCACAAAGAUGAGAAAAAUGUUAAAAAAGCUGACUUACAUUCAAAACAAUAUUUCAAGGAACAGAACUCCUUUAUUGAAAGCACAAAAGAUUCUUCUAUUAAAUCAACGAGGAAAAGAUUGUCAAGCGAAUCAUGUAUGGAUAAGACCUCCAAAAAAUGCAAAAAAGAAAUUGAUUCAUUUACCCAAGCAAAUGAGAAUGAAUGUUCAAAAAUAUUAGUUCCAACUGUCCAUUCUAGUGUUAUACCUUCGUAUAAUUUACACAAUAACGCAAACUCGGAAGUUUCAAAAGCAGAAAGUAAAAUUAUGUCAUCUAAUACAAAGGAGGUGUUACUUUUAGAAACGGAUCAAAAGAAAGAUUCGUCGGAAAAUGCGAUGAUAAAUUCCAAGAAGCUUGUAGAUUCACCAUUUAGUACAUUGGAUUGUAGUAAGGAAAAUGCCAACCUGGCAUCUCCAUCUUUGUUACCAUUAGUUACAAACCAUAAUCAAGUAAAUGACGCAGCUGACAGUGAUGAUUUUCAGCCAUCAAGUAGCAAAUAUAAAGAGAACAGCUCCUUGAAAGAGGUCAGUGAUAAAAAGAAAUGUACUAAAAAGAUUCAAGGUAUGAAAUCAGUUAAAACAUCCUCGAAAUUUAAGAUGACUUUAGAUGCACCACCACUAGAUUAUAAAAAACCAAAUUAUCGACAAACUAAAUUAUCAAAAACUAUUUUCCAACCUCUUUGUCCUAAAAAAUCUAAAAAUACAGCUCUUGAAAAAUCACUAUUAGAAAAAGAAGUAAAUGCAAAAAUUGAAGAUGAAGAAAUUGUAAUUACAUCACCAACUCUUCAUGAAGUGCAAAACUUCAGAAGUAAAAAAGAAAGUAAAACAAUGGAUUUUGAUGCUACUUGUAUUCCUGAAAAUUUUAAAUUUGAGUUCACACCUUGUGGUAAAUUAAGCUCAAAGCAAUCAGAACAAAAUAAACUGAGCUUUGAUGAAAACAUCUUGGUAUUAGACAAUAAAUCUGAGAAUAAAAUUCUUAGACUUCCUUGUGAAAAUGACAUGUUGAAAACAAGUUCAAAAUCUGCUCAGGAGAUUGGAAGAAAUGCAGAUUCUUUGUAUGAAGAUGAAAACAAUCAUGCCAAAGAAAACAUGAACAGCUUUGAUAGGUUACCGUUUCCUGAAGAACCAAAGUAUAAAUAUAAAGAAGAAACAGUCCGCAAGAAAGCAGAAAGACGACAACUUGUAGGAUAUGAUUGCAAAGAAUGCGAAAAGUAUUACUCUGAUCUUGGAUUAUCAGAAAAAGAGAAGCAACAACGGCUCAAAAAAUGUUCACGCCACAGAGCAAAAUUUGUGCCACCUUCUACUCCUGAACACUUUUGGGAGCUGGAUUUUCCUGAUACACAGGAAUGCAAAACUAGAGGAUACUUAAAUGCAACUCAAAAGAUGAAGCUGAAUUUCCUUACAAGUUGAAAUAUUUUUCUAGAUUCACUUCAAAUUAGCAUGAGGAUGAGGAAUGCAUUAUAGAAAAUUUGUACAUAUUUCAAUAUCA